AUGUCCAACCUGACAAGAAUCACUGAAUUUAUCCUCUUCGGACUCUCUUCUCGACCUGAGGACCAGAAGCCUCUCUUUGCCCUCUUCACUGUCAUAUACCUGGUCACCCUGAUAGGAAAUCUACUCAUCAUCCUGGCUAUCCAGUCUGAUCCUCAACUCCAAAGCCCUAUGUAUUUCUUCCUCCGUGUUUUGUCCCUUGCUGAUAUGUGCUACACGACAGUCAUAGUACCCAAGAUGAUGGUGAAUUUCUUAUCAGAAAAGAAGACCAUUUCCUAUGCUGAAUGUCUGACACAGAUGUACUUCUUCCUGGUCUUUGGAAACGUCGACAGUUAUCUCCUGUCAGUUAUGGCCAUUGACCGUUAUGUGGCCAUUUGUGACCCCUUGCAUUAUGUCACUGUUAUGAGCCACAGACUUUGUGGGUUGCUGCUGACCUUCUCCAUCAUUUUCUCCUACCUUCACUCCCUUCUACACGUCCUUCUGGUGAAUCAGCUCACCUUUUGUGCAUCAAAUGUGAUCCAUCACUUUUUUUGUGAUGUCAACCCUGUGCUGAAACUGUCCUGCUCUUCCACCUUCGUCAAUGAAGUUGUGGCGAAGACGGAAGGAAUGGCAUCUGUGAUGGCUCCGUUCAUCUGUAUAAUCGUCUCAUACCUGAGGAUCCUCCUUACUGUUCUCAAGAUUCCCUCAGCUACUGGGAAACGCAAGGCCUUCUCCACAUGUAGCUCCCAUCUCACUGUGGUGACUCUGUUUUAUGGGAGUAUAAGCUAUGUCUAUUUUCAGCCCUUGUCCAGUUAUACUGUCAAAGACCGAAUAGCAACUAUCAACUACACAGUAUUGACAUCAAUGUUGAACCCAUUUAUCUACAGUUUAAGAAAUAAAGACAUGAAACAGGGCUUGGAGAAACUGAUAAACAAGAUUAGGUAUCAAAAGGAUAGACUUUCUUCUGCAUGGUCUAUUAAAAUCCAUGGCCCUUGA